UCCCAAGAUCCUCGCUGGAGGUCCGUGAUUUCCGGGAAUAGUUUCGCCAGUGGGAAGGUGCGCGAGGGGAAACCUGUUGGAAAUGACGCGAGCUGAAAUCCUGUUUCAUAAAAGAGAUCACAACAAACAACCCGGGGUCUAAGGCAGAGCGCAAAGAGCCAGCGGUAAACACGGGUGUGUGUAAACCACAAACAACGACAGCCGUCGCGGAAUCUAGAGGUAAUGCUCAAUGGAGACGCUCAUGAGUGCCGUGGCCCCGCGUGCUCCGGCGGCGGCGAAGCGGGUGUCCGAGGUGGACUUCCGCUCGGGCACGACUCUGGAGCAGCUGGGGGAUCAGGUGCAGGAGCUGGUGCAGCUGGAACAGGGCGAGUUCGGAGACCAGACCGCACUCGAGGUGCACACAGCCAAAGACUUCAUCUUCAAUAUGCUGGGCUUGGUGCAGAAAGUAGACAAGCGAUUGCCAGUUGCCAAUGAAUAUCUGCUGCUAUCAGGUGGAGCUAGGGAAGGUGUGCUUGACCUUAACCCAGAGGACCUAGGUGACUACGCCAAAGGUGUUGACUUUGAUUUGGACUUCACUUUACUGGUGCCUGCUCUUAAACUGCAUGACCGAAAUCAGCCGGUGACGCUGGACAUGCGGCAUUCCCCACCAUGCCAUUCUUGGCUGAGCCUGCGCCUCUGCGACCCUGCGAUGCUGAAGCGUUGGAGUAUCUGCUGUCAAGAUGAGAAAACUAGAGAGAAUAAAGAUGUGGAAGAUGAGGAGGAAGAAACUGAAGCAGUACAAGGUUCAAUCCCAUCCCUGCAGCCUCCUCAAUCAUUAGAUGGAUGUUACUUCUCACCGUUGCUGGUUGCCGAUUGGUUCUGGAGUGUGGUUGGGACAGCGGUGGAAGAGUUGCGGAGAAAUCCUCAAAGAGGGAUUCCUGUUCCCGAUCGUGUGGAGCGGAAUGGUCCACUAACAACACUGAUUCUUACUGCAGGAACUAGCCGUAUCCUUUACGACUUGCUUCCAGUGGUUUCGUUUCGAGGCUGGCCGGCCGUCGCACAGGGCUGGCUCACGACCAACCAUUUCUGGGAUGGCAAAAUAACGGAGGAGGAGGCCAUCAGCGGGUUCUACUUGCUUCCUGGCUGUUCUCCGGCUGUCAGCCCCUCAACCAGACCUGACCGCGAAUGGAGACUCGCCUUCUCCCGCAGUGAGGUCCAGCUAAAGAAAUGCGUGCCCUACCCAAUGGCACAAGCCUUCCAAGCAGCUAAAGCUGUACUGUCAAGACUAUUAGCUCGCCCUCGCACCGGCCUUAGCCUCUACCACCUACGUACCUUGAUGUUUUGGGCUUGUGAUCGCUUACCUACAACCUACCUUAGCUGUCCAGAUCAUGAGACUCCUGCUCGGCUGUUCCUUGGGCUACUUGAUGACUUGGCUCACUGCGUUCUGGGCAAAAACUGUCCUAAUUACUUCCUCCCUCAGUGCAACAUGCUUGAGCACCUUACGGACAGUGCCGCCCUGUUGGUGGCACGAAAACUUGCACAUUUACGAUCCGAUCCUGCAGAGCACUUAAGAGCCGCUUUGGAGCAGGCACAACAGGCAUGCCAACUCAAGCGUGAGGCCGCAGUAGCUGCGAGCAAUGGCCAUGGGUUAGCAUCACCUACCCAUGGAUAUGGUGCGGGAUCACCACAGGAUGACCGGCUAGCACAACGACUACAACAGCUGGUGACAGAAAACCCUGGCAAGUCUAUUUCAGUCUUCCUCAACCCAGAUGAUGUUACACGCCCACAUUUCCGCAUUGACGACAAGUUCUACUGAGUGGACCGAACUGGUUUACACACCGCCCCGGGGUACAGAAACCCUAUACGGCAGAACUUCUAGAAGACAUAGUCAUGUCACUGUGCUACUGUAUUACCAAAUUGUAAAACCGAGUCUUCACAGAGUGUUCUGUUUGGCUCAACUAAGCUGACUACAAUCAAAAUUGCUUGACACUCCAAUGAGGUAUUGUAUGAAUUUCACAGGUGUCACAAUGUCAGGGAGAACAAAAAUAAUAGGGGAAAAAUAGAUUCUAGUUAUGUGACUUAUAUCUAAUCGAAAUUCAGUCGCAUCCUAAAAAAAAAAAUCCUAGAUUUCGAAGCUUUUUUUUUUUAGCUUGCUAUUCAAUACUACUGAGAAAGGAAACUAGUAUUUUCAGUAAAUCCCGAGGGCAGUAGUAGCACUGGAAAACGAACUAGGCCAAGGUAAAUUAUGAUGAAAUCGAAUGUAAUUUUUUGGGUUUUUUUUGUAUAUGUGUGGAGAAGUUUGCGACUAUUGAUCACAUAAUCUUCUCUUUCUUUAGUCUGUCAGUUUACCCUGCUUUGUCCCUUUCUCAGGUACCUUUUUCUUUUAACUGGUGAGUCUUGAGCUGUUCUUCAGUCAAAAAAAAUAAAAGCAGAAAGCGAGAAAAAGAUGAAGAAUAACUCGAAAAUCUAGGCCUUGUCCUUUAUGUAGAAGAAGCUGUUGUACAGCCUGUAGAAACAAUCUUUUUACAACAGAUGCUGUUCGAAGCUAUUUUUUGUUCACCUUUUCUUUUUUUAAGAUACUCAAGUUAGAUGUGGCUGAUGGUCUAUCAAGGUUCAGAGACUGUUUUAGGUUAGUUGAUUAGUCAAAACUGAUUGAUGCAGAUUUUGUGUCUUAUUGGUUCCCGAUUGGAUUCCAAUCUGCACCUAAAUAAGCAUUAUGUGUUUGUGUUACUCUAAGGGCUUUUCUUUGUCAGUCAUUGUUGCAUAUGUCUGGAUAAAGCUAAAUAUGGAAGAUGCUUCGGAAAGUGGGAUUUUGUGGUGAUAAAGGUUUGCCAGCCCUGUGUACUGGAGAAUUAGAAAGACCGAUCCAGUUCAGGCAACAGAGGUUUAGAGAAACGUGUAUAGAGACAGAGGAAUGUAUCUGUGUUUUGUUUAGUUUUUUUUUGCAUUUGUGGAAGGGUCCUAUCUCGCUCUUGCAGAAUUGCAUUGGUAGCUGUGGGAGGCAGAGAUGGAUGAAGAAAGUCAAA